AACAUUACCUGCAGUACAAUAAUAUUGCACUCUAUUUCUGUUCUUUUCUUUUCUUUUCUUUGCUUUUAGUAAACGCAAGCUCGUGUGCUGCCAGUUCAUCGCAUGUGUAGUUGGAAAAAAAACACGAUGCCUCCAGCAAGAAGAGAUCGAAGGGUGGGUCUGAAACGCAUCGAUGCUGCUCUUGACGCUGUACGUCCUAUGGGAUUCCCGGAACCCUUGGUUCGCAGAACUGUCAGAAAUCUCCUAAAGCUAUGCGAGCGCGUUAAGUUCUUUACUUCUUUAGAUGAUUGCGGGCUUCAGGAAUAUGGCGGGGAUGAAGGUUGGGCUUUCAUUGAGGAGUGCUGCUAUAAGCUUUUGAUUGACACGCUUCUCGAUGAGGUAGAGAAAUCAGAGAGGGAAAACUGCGAACCAGGAUUGUUGACAGGCAAUGACAAGCUCAAGCAUUUGAUUGAGAAUGGACCGGCAGAGGAUGACACUGUGAAAGAUGAACCUAAAGUACAAGUUCACUCACCUAACGGUAAUUCCAAGCAAGUUCAUUCUCCAAACAUUCACUCCCCGGCAUCAAUGGAUAUCAUUCUAUGUCCUUCAGUGAGUGAUGCACCUGAUGAGAAGCUUGGAGUGAAAGACUUUUCCCAACAAAUUCACUCCGCACAGGCUUCCUCCUCACACUUCAACUCUUCACAUAUACCUGACAUUGUUCCAAGCACUUUGAAGGAUGUUUCAUCUCUUGUCAAGCUUGAAAUACAGUCCUGCUCUCCACAGAUAUCCUCCACGGGAGUCCAAUCUCCACAUCUGUUCUCCCCAUCACCAGUGGAUUCUCUCCCUCGUCAGAGGCGUAAACCUUGUUAUGGAUGGCUUAGCAGUGAUGACGAGGAUGAGCCAGAUCUUUUACAUCUAACACCUGCUACUUAAUCCCUCUUCCCAUCUUCUAUUCCAAUACUUGGCAGGAAAACUUCAGUAUCAUUUUCCAUUGUAAAUAAAGUUUUUGCAGCGCAGAUUUUCUCUAGAAUAGCCAUGAAGAUGAAUGUCUUGGAAUCACUUACUUGGCUGCCCGUUUUGACCUUUGAUAAUCGAACAAGUUAACAAGCCUUCCUGUUCUUAGCUUCCAUUUGAUUAAAUAUUUUACAGCAAAUCCUCUAAUUGUUUUAUUUUCAGCAUCGUGUGAGAACAUUAGCAAAAAACAUCCUUGGUGCACCGGAAUGAUUAGUUUUUUUAAAUUCGUUUUUUUUUUCCUUAUUCCAUUACAAAAAAGAACUGCCUUUCUUCCUUUGAAAGUUUAGAAACUCUUUACAAGCUUAACUAUGGAAGUUGAAUAUCCAAUUAAGAAUGGGGACAAGGAGUCUGUGAAAUAGAUACGUAAGAGGAGUUGCUGUUUCGUUUUACUCUUUCUAGUCAAGAGUAAUUGUUUUUUGGCUUGCUAGAUAAUUUGUUGGGUUUUUUGUUUUCCUUUUGGUAGGGUGGAGUCUUGUUUAAAGGAAACCUGCGAGGUCAGGCAGCUAAAAGCUAUGAAAAAUUAACAAACAGGAUGCAUGUAUAUAUUUGCUUUUCCUUUGUCCCAUUUCUUGCAGUUUCUUCACUGAUCCGUCAUGCAAUUCAAUUAAACAGAAUAAAUUUAGGGAUCAGUAUAAGCUUUUCCUCCAAAUUAAUCCAGAGGAUGAUAAGCCAGUGGCAGUUGUGGUUCCUAGAAGACCUUGCAGCCAGAAAAAACAGAUAGGCUCUUUUGGUGCUAUCACGAGGAUAACAAGUAUCGUGCCCAAACGUGAAGUUCAUCUGAAAGUUGCAGCAGCAGGACCUUUAGCUGGGUUUUCUUGGGUCUUGAUCUUUUCCUUUUGGGCUUCAUAAUACCACCCAGCGAUGGUCAAUUUCUUGUUGUUGAUGCUUCUGUUUUUCACAAAUCAUUUCUUGCUGGGGGAGUUGGUGAUGUACUCAAGGAAGGCACUCCCAUAUCUGUUAAUCCACUAGUGAUAUGGGCAUGGGCGGGGCUUCUUAUUAAUGCCAUCAACAGCAUCCCGGCUGGAGAGCUUUUGUUAUUUGGGGAAGAAAGGUGUACCAUUUAAGUUGAUAUAUACCCUUUCAAGUUGUAGACAGGAUGUCAUAUCAUUUCAGCUUGUAAAAAGCUGGGGAAACGUUUUACAUGCUUGACAUUGAUGGUGGGGGGGUAGAGAAACUAGUUUCCAUUUCAAUUUGAGUCCGCUACCUUCCUUGCUGUUUGACUAGCUAGGUCCUUGUUGUCUAGAAAAGCUUAAGUACGUCGACGUCGAUUACCAUGUGGUCCUUGGAUAAGGAUAUACUCAGUAAAGCAGGCAUUAAUCACGCACAUGUUUGGUUCA